GCACCCUGGUCCACCGACCUAAAAUCCCACCUCUCGCAAUCCAAAACCAAAUCCUUCACCCUCUCCACCAUAACCCUCGACCCGCGCACCAACGCCCCCGCACCCCGCUCCCGCACCUGCGAACUCCGCGGCUUCUUCCCGGAGGUCCUGAGCCUGCACCCUAGCGCCAUUGAAGCGCUGAACACCCAGCAGAUCGGGCUAAAUCCUGAGGGGUUUGAGAGUGAUAUGCCGGUUUUUACGACUGAUGCGCGGAUGGCGAAGAUCGGGGAGUUUGCCGGGUCUGGGGCGCAGGUUGAGGCGGUUUUCUGGUUGGCGGAGGUGGGGGUGCAGUGGCGGGUUCGUGGGGGGGUUUCGGUAUUUGGUGGGGGUGAGGAUACUGAGGCGGAAAGGGAGGGGAGGGGGGUGGUUUGGGGGGGUGUUAGGGUUAAAGAGUCUGAUGGUCCUGGGGUGGUUGAUGGGAAUAAGGGGGAUUGGUCGUGGGAGAGGAUGGUGACGACUUAUUUUGCGAGUCAUUCGCCUGUUAUGCGAGGCUCGUUCAGGAACCCCCCGCCCGGUGCCCCGCGGUCCAAGGACCCCCAGAACCCCGAUCUCAAGAUCGGGCAGAAGGUCCAGGACCUGCGGGAUCCGGUCGCCAGAAACAACUUCCGGGUCGUGGUUAUUCGGCCCGAGGAGGUGGAGAUGUUGGAUCUCUCUAACGCGCCGGACGCCGUUCGGAAGAGGUGGACUGCUGUUGGGGAUGGAGCAGAGGGCACGUCAUGGGAGGAGAUUGAGCUGUGGCCUUGA